GGACAACCCAGCGCCGUGGAAACCAGGGAUUGGUUUGUAUUUUGUAAGUCUGUGUUUGCAUGUUCAACACAUUGCCCAAAAAACCCAAAUUUGCCAUGGUGAGUUGUAAGCGAUCUGGUUGCCAUCUGAGUGUCUCCCUUUUUAGGCUAUAAAUUGGAGGGCGGGUAUUGGUAUUUUGUCAGUCUGUGUUUGCUGUUUGCAUGCUCAAAACAUUUCCUAAAAACCCCAAAUUUGCCGUGGUGAGUUGUAAGCGUACUGGUUGCCAUCUGGGUGUCGCCUUUUCCGGGCUAUAAAGUGGAGUCGCAGAGAGUAACAGAGACGGGAUACAAAGUUUUUACCUCUUUUUUAGGGUUUGUACUGAUAGAAUGAAGAUGGUUCUCACGGACAUUCACAUUGAGACGCAACUUAUGGAGACUGGAAAUAGCCUUCUCAACCCUCCUUCAUCCACUAUUGAGCUUCGCUCUCUUCUUGAUAAAGCUGAGCACUUGCUCGCAAAUGUGGAUCAAGCACCCUCGAGAGCAACGCAAGAUGCAAUGCUACCAAUAAUGAAGGCCUUAAUUGGGAAUGACCUUUUCAGGCACUCAGACAUGGAUGUAAAGGUCUCAGUUGCAGAUUGUAUUAGUGAGAUCACAAGAAUAAGUGCCCCCGAUGCUCCCUACAAUGAUGACAUGAUGAAGGAGUACUUUCAGCUGGCAGUGGAAGCCCUUGAAAACCUAUCCCUUGUGUCGGGUCGCUGUUAUACGAAAGCAAUCUCUAUUCUUGAUACAUUGGCAAGGUGCAGGUCAUGCUUGGUAAUGUUGGACCUGGAGUGUGAUUCGUUGAUCAUCAAAAUGUUCCAAAUUUUUUUCAAAGUCAUCAGGUCCAAUCAUCCGCAUAUUGUUUUUACGUCGAUGGAGACCAUAAUGACCAUGGUCAUUGAUGAAAGUGAAGAAGUCUCUGUGGAUCUUAUCAAUCCUCUUUUAGCUAGUGUCAGACAGGAAAAUCAGAGUGUUUCUCCAAUAUCAUGGAAGCUUGGGGAGCAAGUUCUUGUCAGCUGUGCUUCUAAGCUGCAACCAUAUCUUAAAGAUGCAGUGCAGUCUAUUGGCGUUGCUUUGGAUGAAUAUGCUCCUAUUGUUGCUGCCCUUUGGGAAAACAAAACUAAUACUCUUGAUAAUGACGAUGGAAGUGGGUCGGGGGAGCAUCUGGAAGAACACAGGCUGGUAAAUGGGGAAGGUUUAAUUGAGCUACCUGAGGAAGAACACGGGCUGGUAAAUGGGGAAGGUUCAAUUGAGCCACCUGAGGACUCACACAAGCCGGUGAAUGGGGAAGGUUCAAUUGAGCCACCUGAGGUGAAAGAGGAACUCUCACCAGAUGCUAUGUCAAAAAGUGAGUUAGAGAAUGUUCCAUUUAAAAGAGGUCGGAGGCCUAAUUCUUUUCUGAAUCCUGAGGAAGGCUAUGAUUAUUCGUGGAUCUUUAAGGAUAAAAAAACUCCAAAAGUACCAGGUCGUGUAAAAUCUCGUGACAGGGGAAGUGGUCAUUCAUCUUCUAAAACCCCAGUUUCUGAGAACACAGAUUUGACUUCAAGACAUGAUAGAGGGACAAAGCCUCCGGGAUAUACAUCCAAAGUAGGUGAAGGCAUAGGUUCUUCUUCCCCAAUCCCGAAACAUAGCCUUCCUGAUAAAAGUCAUCCUAAAAGAGGCCGGCCAAGGAAAAAAAAGAAUCUGGUGAAUCAAGCAGUGGAUCCUAAUACCUCAUCCGUGUUGAAGGUAGAGAACUUGAGGGCUGAGGCUGAGGAAAAAUAUUCACAAUCUACAGAUAUCAGCCUAAAAAAGAAACCUGAAGAGAACAGUAAAUUGGAAGCUGGGCAAAGAAAACAUAUGAGAAAAACUAGUAACUUUGCAACAGCUUUUGAAGAAAUGACUGCAUCUCAAGGAUUUGUUGCCAAAGUGAAGAAAGCAGUACCAGGUCCUGUAAAGUCUCGUGACAAGGGAAGUGAUCAUUCAUCUUCUAAAACCCCAGUUUCUGAGAACACAGAUUUGACUUCAAGACAUGAUAGAGGGACAAAGCCUCCGGGAUAUACAUCCAAAGCAGGUGAAGGCAUAGGUUCUUCUUCCCCAAUCCCGAAACAUAGCCUUCCUGACAUAAGUCGUCCUAAAAGAGGCCGGCCAAGGAAAAACAAGAAUAUGGUCAAUCAAGCAGUGGAUCCUAAUCUCUCAUCUGUGUUGAAGGGAGAGAACUUGAGGGCUGAGGCUGAGGAAAAAUAUUCGCAAUCUACAGAUUUGACUUCAAGACAUGAUAGAGGGACAAAGCCUCCGGGAUAUACAUCCAAAGUAGGUGAAGGCAUAGGUUCUUCUUCCCCAAUCCCGAAACAUAGCCUUCCUGAUAAAAAUCAUCCUAAAAGAGGCCGACCAAGGAAAAACAAGAAUCUGGUGAAUCAAGCGGUGAAUCCUAAUCCCUCAUCCGUGUUGAAGGGAGAGAACUUGAGGGCUGAGGAUGGGGAAAAAUAUUCGCAAUCUACAGAUAUCAGCCUGAAAAGGAAACCUGAAGAGAACAGUAAAUUGGAAGCUGAGCAAAGAAAACAUAUGAGAAAAACUAGUAACUUUGCAAUGGCUUUUGAGGAGAUGGAUGCACCUCAAGGAUUUGUUGCCAAAGUGAAGAAAGCUGAGAUUCUAAGUGAGCGUGAGGAAAAGGCACAACAGCUUUCAAUUUCAAAGGCAGGGGUAAGGAUCGUCAAUGAUCACAGCUCAUCAGUUAAAAAAGAUGUUUAUAGGAGGAGUGUUGAUUCUGUUUCAGAUAGAAAUACUACUGAAGCAUCUGGCAGUAAGAGCAUAUCUAAGUCCACAUUCAAAGCUUCCAAUAAAGACGGAAAUCAACUUGAGGAAAUGCCUAAAUCUAAACUCAAGAGGAAGCAUAGCAUGAGGAAGGAAGUGUCUUCUGGAAUUCCCUAUCAUGGGAACCAGCUGGUUGGUCGCACGAUAAAGGUUUGGUGGCCAAUGGACAAGGAGUUUUAUAAAGGCGUAGUUGAUUCCUAUGACCCUGUGAAAGAGAAACAUGAGGUGCUAUAUGCUGAUGGGGAUAUAGAGACCUUGAAUCUCAGAAAGGAGUGCUGGGAAUUGGUUGAAGAUGAUGUUUUGCCACAUGAAGGGCAAGGUAUUGAUCUUCCAAAACUAGACAAUCCACCAGAUAGAUUGGAAAAGCAAAAGGGGAAGAAAAGGAAGCUGGAAUCAGGAAAACAACGAAGUGCCAAUGUAUCCAUAGAAAGGAGUGGAGCUACUGAUAGCGCUUUCGAAGUCAAAGCUAGAAAUAGUGGUAAAACUGAUAAAGCUGUUCAAGUUGAUACGUCUGUGGAUGCAGCAACUCAGACAGAUAACUUGAAAGAUGAUAAUAAAGAAUCUGCAGGAAAUUUGAGAAUGGAAAGUCCAGGAGCGGUCUCAACACCAACAAGAUCAUAUCAGAGAAGCUGACCCUGUUCAGUGGCGAAAGUCCUAAAGGCAUUAGCAGUUGAUCAUCGGUGGUUGUUAUCCAGACAAAAAUGAAAGAAUGCGUGUAUAGAGGCAAGAGGCAAGAAGCAAGUUAUUGAGAGAUUGGGAAGCUUGGCAUGUGUAGUGUCUGUUUUGUUCAGGUUAGUAGUAGCUUUGCUAUUAUCGUUGCAUAUUUAGUCCACAGCGCUGUACGUGCUGUCUGUCUUUUGCUGGAUUCGGACAAUGGACAGCAGGAUGGUCCUGUUGAUAAUUUAUCCAGUUCAUGUUGUGAUGGUAACUUAAUCCCCUCGAUUUUGUACUUGUAGACCUAACGUUCGGCACCUAAUCAUGUAUGGAUGGAAAUAUGAAGGUUUGGGAAUGGGAAUGAUGUUGUUGUCCUUGUGUCAAUGACAAAUUGCAUU